CAUAUUAAAACGAAGCACCUGUCUGUCUGCAGAUGCAAUCGUUUCAAGCCUGAUCGGCCAUAUCCACUCGACAACCAACAGCCCUGCCCCUGCGCCGGAUCAGCCGAAGAUCAUGGAAGGAGCCAUCCCCAAGCCAUCAGAGAAGAGGGUCGCCCUUGUCACCGGCGGGAACCGGGGCAUGGGGUUCGAGAUUUGCUGGCAGCUGGCGUCAAGCGGGCUCGCCGUGGUCCUGACGGCGCGGGACGAGAGGAAGGGCGCCGAGGCGGCCGCCAGGCUCCGCAGGCUCGGCCUGCCGGACGUCGUGUUCCACCAGCUGGACAUCGCGGAGCCCGCCAGCGCUGCUCGGCUGGCUGACUUCGUCAGGGACAAGUUCGGCAAGCUCGACGUGCUGGUCAACAACGCAGGAAUCAUGGGGGUGACGAUGGAGGUUGGCGACGAGGCAGCCGUCAAGGAAAUAGUGUUUGGCUGCAUCAACGCAGCGUUCAGGCAAGGAUCAGAACGAGAUUGCAGAAUGGCUGAAGCAGCGGACCACGCAGAACACCCAGCAAGGGGAGGAGUGCCUGAAAAUCAACUACCACGGCACCAAAAACGUCACCGAAGCGCUGCUCCCACUCGUCCGAUCCUCCGCCGACGGAAGGAUCGUCAACGUGACGUCAGCGUUCGGGCUACUCAGAGUACGCGCCCUGCCUGCCACCAUCACAGAUCAUCAUCACACUCAGCUGUUCUUCAGCGGCGAGGAGCUCCGGCAGGAGCUGAGCGGCAUCGACACGCUGACGAAGCGGCGGCUGGACGAGCUGGCGGCGCUGUUCGUGGAGGACCUGCGGCGCGGCGAGCUGGGGCGCCGCGGGUGGCCGGCCGACCGGGUGUACGCGGCGUACCAGGCGUCCAAGGCGCUCGUGUGCGCCUACACGAGGAUCCUCGCCAGGGACAACGCCGGGCUGCGGGUCAACUGCGUGCACCCGGGCUACGUCGAGACCGAGAUGAACUGCAACACGGGCAACCUGACCGCCGCGGAGGGCGCCAGCGUCUCCGUCGCGGUCGCGCUCGCCGAGCAGGGCGGCGUCACCGGCGCCUACUUUGACCGCACGGAAAUAGCACCUUUUGUCUAAUCUAUAUAUUUAUAUCUAC